AUGCUUCCCGAGAACCCCGGCACGUUCUCGGAAGAGACGGCAGCGUGUGACUCGCCAGAUGGCAGCCUUGACAAGGGGCCAGAUCUGAAGCGCGCCGUCUCUGGCGUUUCCGGGCCCGCGCCGUCCACUAGUGGCGCAGGUGCAGGUGCGGGCACGAGCAUCAAGCGCACAGUCUCGCGCGCAUACGAAGCGUGUCAUGUCGCUCACGGAAUCAAGGACCCAUGGGGACUCAAGUGGCGCAGCCACCCGGUCUUCCUGACCGGCGUAGUGACGAUUGGCGUCAUGAGCGACAUUCUCGCGUACACGAUCGUGGCGCCAAUCUUGCCGUACAGGUUGGCUGAGAUGGGGAUGACGAACAUUGCCUCACUGACCUCUUGGCUCCUGUUCGCCUACUCUGCAGGUAUCUUCAUCGGAACGUUUCCCACCGCAUGGUUCUUCCACAAGUACCCCGUUCGUCGGGGACCACUGGUGGCAGCCGUGUUGAUCAUGAUUGUGAGCUGCAUCACUUUCAUGAUCCCCAAGCACUACGGGGCCAUGUUCGUCAGCCGCUUCGUGCAGGGCCUCUCAAGCUGUAUCAUGUGGACGGUCGGCUUUGCCCUCAUCUGCGAGAACAUUGACCCUUCGCACCUCGGCACCCACCUCGGGUUCGCGUUCACGGGUCUCUCGCUCGGUGCGACGAUUGCGCCGCCCAUCGGUGGAGCGCUGUACAAGCACAUGGGAUGGCACGCGCCGUUCAUCUUCGUCAUCAUCAUCCUGGCGCUCGACACGGUCGCGCGUCUCUUCAUUAUUGAAGUCAAGGAUAUCAAAAAGCUGCGAGCACGCCAAGCCGCCGCUGUCCGCGCCCUCGUUGAAACGGGUCAUCAGGAGGAAGCUGCCGAGCUCGAGCGCGCAGUUAGCGCUGCGCCAGAGACAGAGGCGGAGAAGCAGAUCGCUGGCCUCGAGGAAAAGGCCGAAGAGGACAGCAAGGUCGUCGAGCUGUCUCCAUGGGGCGUCCUCAAGGCUCUCGUCUCGCUCCCCCGUGGCAUUGUGGCUUUCUUCCAGUUCUUCGUGUUCGGCUUUGUGAUCGGAGCGUUUGAUGCGACGAUGGCAAUUCGCGUCCUCACCAUCUGGCACAAGGAUGCCGACUUUGUCGGCCUCAUUUACCUCGCUGGUGCGGUUCCGUCGUUCUUCAUCGGCCCGUUGGCAGGAUGGGCAAGCGACAAAAUCGGCACGGAAUGGGUCGUCGGAGCGAUUCUCGCAUUCUGCCUCCCAUGGAUCCCGCUCAUGAUCCUCACCUCGUCACUCCCAGGAUUCAUCGUAUACUUUGCAUGUGCGAAUACGGUCGCUACGGCACUCAACACGGUUGCGUCGCUCGAGGUCGCCAUCGUCUCUAAAUUCAGAGAAGGUAUUUCCGAGAUUCACGAGUUUGCAGCUAUGAACCUCGCCUUUGCGGUCAGCUCGGCUGUUGGUGCGGUGGUCGGCGGCCAGAUCUACAACAAUGUCUCGAAUGGCUGGGCUGUCAUUUGCUGGAUCUGCUUUGCGCUCUUCAUCCUCAUCAUCCCGCCCUCGCUGCAGUUUACUGGCAAGUGGCCUCUGUUCUGGCGGGCGAUCAAGAAACCCGGACCACGCAGCGGCGUGCAUCCCGACGAGCUGGCCAAGAUGGACGCGGCCAAGGCCAAGAGUGACGCCGCUGCUGCCGAGUCAGAUGCCGGCCUUAUCCGCCCAAGACAGGAGAGUAAGGACACGGCCGUGUCCGGGAUCGAGAUGAGCGACUUUAGGCGCGAGUCCGAGACUACUUGCACCACCUCCAAGACGUCCUUUGAAAGAGGCCCGCCCAUGCUCCCGAAUCUUGACCUGGGACACCGGACGAGGUUGCCACCGUACUAG